AAAGAUGGUGUCAGACGCAAGCAAGAAGAAAGCUGCUCAGAAGAAAGCCGCCGCCGCCGCGAAACGAGGCGGUGGUAAAGCUGCAGCUUCCUCUUCCAAAUCCGCCGCUGCUUCAGAUAGCUUGUCGAGCGCCGUCGACGCCCUUCAGAUAUCUGACCGGACGUGUACCGGAAACCUCUGCUCUCAGCCCCAAUCCAGAGAUAUUAGGAUUGAGCCAUUGUCUGUAACGUUUCAUGGUCAUGACCUAAUUGUUGAUUCGAUGUUGGAGCUUAACUAUGGAAGACGUUAUGGUUUGCUUGGGUUGAAUGGUUGUGGGAAGUCCACUCUUUUAACUGCCAUUGGGCUUAGAGAGUUGCCGAUUCCUGAUCAUAUGGAUAUUUAUCAUCUUUCUCAUGAGAUUGAGGCGACUGAUAUGACUUCUCUUGAGGCUGUUAUGAGCUGUGAUGAGGAGAGGUUGAAGUUGGAGAAGGAAGUUGAAGCUCUUGUUGAGCAGGAUGAUGGAGGUGGAGAGCGUCUUGAUACUAUCUAUGAGAGGUUAGAAGCUAUGGAUGCUGCAACUGCGGAGAAGCGUGCUGCUGAGAUUCUGUUUGGUCUUGGUUUCGACAAGCAGAUGCAGGCUAAGAAGACUAAAGAUUUCUCUGGUGGAUGGAGGAUGAGGAUUGCGUUAGCAAGAGCUCUAUUCAUUAUGCCAACUAUCCUUUUGCUUGAUGAGCCUACAAAUCAUUUAGAUUUGGAGGCUUGUGUUUGGCUAGAGGAGAGUCUGAAGAAUUUCGACCGUAUCCUUGUUGUGGUAUCCCACUCACAGGAUUUCUUGAAUGGAGUGUGUACAAACAUCAUCCACAUGCAGAGCAAGCAGCUCAAGUACUACACUGGUAACUUUGACCAGUAUUGCCAGACACGUUCUGAGCUAGAAGAGAAUCAGAUGAAGCAAUACAAGUGGGAGCAGGAGCAGAUUUCCAACAUGAAGGAGUACAUUGCUCGGUUUGGUCACGGUUCAGCCAAACUCGCUCGUCAAGCACAGAGUAAAGAGAAGACAUUGGCUAAGAUGGAGAGGGGUGGGCUCACGGAGAAGGUGGCUAGAGAUAGUGUUCUCGUCUUCCGUUUUGCUAACGUUGGAAAGCUUCCACCGCCAGUGCUUCAGUUUGUUGAAGUCUCUUUUGGGUACACACCAGACUACCUCAUAUACAAGAACAUCGACUUUGGUGUUGAUUUGGACUCUAGGGUGGCCCUUGUUGGACCCAAUGGAGCAGGGAAGAGUACCCUUUUGAAGCUCAUGACUGGUGAACUGCACCCAACUGAAGGAAUGGUGCGUCGUCACAACCACUUGAAGAUUGCUCAGUACCAUCAGCAUCUGGCUGAGAAGCUAGACCUGGAGAUGCCUGCACUUCUCUACAUGAUGCGCGAGUUCCCUGGCAACGAAGAGGAGAAGAUGAGAUCUGCUAUUGGUAGGUUCGGUCUAACCGGUAAGGCUCAAGUGAUGCCGAUGAAGAAUCUCUCAGAUGGACAGAGGAGCCGUGUGAUCUUUGCGUGGUUGGCUUAUAAGCAGCCUAACAUGCUUCUGUUGGAUGAGCCAACUAACCAUUUGGAUAUUGAGACAAUAGACUCUCUGGCAGAGGCGUUGAACGAGUGGGAUGGUGGGUUGGUUCUGGUGAGUCACGACUUCAGGCUGAUCAACCAAGUGGCUCAUGAGAUAUGGGUGUGUGAGAAGCAGUGCAUCACCAAAUGGAACGGUGACAUUAUGGACUUUAAGAAGCAUCUUAAGGCUAAAGCUGGACUUGAUAAUUGAAGGUAAGAUCCAAGUUUGUCUCUUCUUGAUUGGUUUAUGCCAAGAGAGAGUGAGAAAGAGAUUUUGUUUCUUGAUGGUUUUGGGAAUGGUUUUUAACGAGUUCUGAAGCCAUAUCUACGAUAGAGAGAGACACCAUUUUAUCAUUAUUGCAUUUUUUUUAAAUUGUUGUUUUAUGUUUUUAAGACGAAGCAGAGAGAUGGAUAAGUAAUAUUUUUGAGAAUUUUAUGUUAUUGAUUCAAUUUUAUCAAAGCUAAUAAGUCUGUCGUAUGUUUCUAAUUUAGCUGGAACGGUUGCUUCUAUAUAGCAAUUUGCAGCCCACGAUUCUUGGCGCUGCAAAGCUCCUGAAGCAACCUGAGACAGCUUGUUUCUGUAACUCAAAGAUAACUUAAGUCAGC